GGCGUAGCAGUGGCGAUACCUGUGGUCUGGUCGGCGCUGAUUGGACGCCCCGAGCGCCACUCUGUCACUCGCUUCUGGGCUCGUCUGAUCCGGCCCUGUUUGAGGCCCCGAAGCAGUCGUGGCUUAUUCUCAUGUACUGUCCACGUGGAGCACGGCCGCCGACGCGUCGGCUGGCGGCGCCACCGCCAGCGCCACCGCCUCGCUCGCUCGCCUGCCUCAACUGACCGCUGCACUCGCGCUUUCGGACUCGACGUCUCCGCAGCCGAUCGAUACACAUCGCGCCUUCCUGCGAUCAAUACGCCACACUCUGCUGUCCCGUCCCGUCCCGUCCCGUCCCGUCCCGUCCUGUUCUGUCCUGUCCUGUCUUGCCUUGCCUUGCGGGCGCCUCGAAGCGAGGCGUGCGACUUGACAGGCGCCCAAGGCCUCAGUCGCCUCGUGAUGCCGACAGGCCGACGCGCUUCCUCCCGCGGAGGGCGGGCUUGGCUCGACGAUUCGCAGCCGCGACGCGGUCGCCGGGUCGACCCUCCAAUUUCCCACUGCACACAACCCUCCGCUGCCCUGGGCCACCUUUUGACCCGUCGUCAUGGCCGCCGAUCCGAUACAGUUGCGCAGGGCGUCGGUGGUCCGUCCGCGCGCCAGUCGGGCGGGCUCGGUGUUCGUCGAGGGGCCGGGCUCGCCGGGGGUCGGUGUCUCGUUGCCGAGCGCAUUCGCAGGCGUUGGCAACACGUUGGCCGGCGUCGGCGUGGGCAGUUUCCACUCCUUGGCCGUCGGAUCGCAGGCUCAGGCCGUGCUGGGCCGUCGGCCGUCGAUGCUGCAGAAAUUCUGCGGCGAGAUCGAGUUCACCGGAAUGAACCAGACGGCUCGAGUAAACACGACUUUCUUCACUUUUUUUCUCCUCCCCAGUCUGCAUUCGCCUCUCAUUUGCCCGUCAAGGAUACCGUUGCCAGCGCCAACCAUCUGGGAAUUUACUCCGACGACAUGGCGUCUCUAGGCGCCAUCAUGGAGGAGAGGGACUUGUGCAACUGCAGGCUUCCCGUGCGAGUUGUUGCGUCUGUGAGGUUGGGCGUGUGGCUGCAGCCAGAGGACGAGCCAAAAGCCGCCUCAUCCGGGCUGGACCCCUCCCGACCGGAUUGGGUUGUCGGCUCGCGAGCUCCAGAAGGGAGUGAAGCGAGCAAAGCUGCUCUGGAAUGCACUUACUCACUCUUGCGCAUAAUUGCGACAUUUUGCGGGAAAAGUGGGCUCCACAGAGACCUCUUCAUCCUUCGAUUCAUGCAAAAGCUGGUCAAAGCGUCUCUCGCCCUGUCUGGAGGCAGUGCCGGCGAAAUGUGGGGAGGUGUGCCCAAAGGAAUGCUUGCUGAAGCAGUCACGGACGACGCGGCAUUCAGCGGGCGAUCACUGGCUGACCAACUUCGGUGGCCUUGA